AUGAACCAUUUGGAGGGACCACCUGAGGGGAAGGUGAAUGAGGAGCCAGCAAAUGGAGAGGUGAACGAGUCAGUGGAGGCUGACUUGGAGCACUCUGAGGUGGAGGAGGAGCAGCAGCAGUAUGCCGCUCAUUACCCGAGACAUGCCAAUGGCAGCCAAGAAGGACAGUCUGGGCAGGAGGAGGAGGGGAUGCUGGCCCGGUCAGCCAGUACAGAGAGUGGCUUCCACAAUCACACUGAUACUGCUGAAGGGGAUGUCAUAGCCACAGCAGAGGAUGGCUAUGACACAGACAGAGUUCAGGAAAAUGAGGAUGAGAGCGCCUACGCAGUGCAGUAUAGACCUGAGUCUGAAGAGUACACAGAAAAUGCCGAGGCAGAGCAUGCUGAGGCCAUUCAGACCCGAACUCUACCUAACCACUUACACUUUCACUCCAUUGAACACGAGGAAGCCAUGAAUGCCGCCUACUCGGGGUAUGUCUACACUCACGGGCUCUUCCACCGAGGGGAGGACGAACAGUAUGCUGAGCCCUACGCUGACUAUGGACUGCAGGAGCAUGUGUACGAGGAGAUAGGAGAGACACCUGACCUGGAUGUCAGGGAGGGACUACGACUCUAUGAGCAGGAGAGGGAGGAAGCUGACAACUAUCGCAAGGAAGCUCUUGGUGCCCGCCUUCACCAUUAUGAUGAACGGUCCGAUGGAGAGUCUGACAGCCCUGAGAAGGAGGCAGAAUUUGCUCCCUAUCCAAGGAUGGAUAGUUAUGAACAAGAGGAAGAUAUUGAUCAAAUUGUGGCUGAGGUCAAACAGAGCAUGAGUUCUCAGAGCCUGGACAAGGCCGCUGAAGAUAUGCCAGAAGCAGAGCAGAACUUAGAAUGUGACCAUACUCCCGGUAGUGGGACUCUCGAGAGCAAUGGUCAGCUCCCAGCUGGCUCCAGGCCCACAGUUAACUCAGGAGAGUCAGUGCAGAGAUACAGCAAGGAAAAAAGGGAUGCGAUAUCUCUGGCUAUUAAAGAUAUUAAAGAGGCUAUUGAGGAAGUGAAGACCAGGACCAUUCGUUCUCCUUACACCCCAGAUGAACCAAAAGAACCCAUCUGGGUGAUGAGACAGGACAUCAGCCCAACCAGGGAUUGUGAUGAUCAGAGGCCACUAGAUGGAGAUUCUCCAUCUCCUGAUUCCUCUUCACCCCGUGGUGCUGAAUCGUCAAGUAGGCCACAUCACCAAGAUGUCUGUGGUACAGCAGCAGAACCCUCCACUAAUAAAGAGUCCAGAAAAAGUUUGGCUUCAUUCCCAACCUAUGUUGAAGUUCCUGGACCCUGUGAUCCUGAAGACUUAAUUGAUGGAAUUAUUUUUGCUGCCAAUUACCUUGGCUCCACUCAACUCCUUUCUGACAAAACUCCCUCCAAGAAUGUGCGAAUGAUGCAGGCUCAGGAAGCUGUCAGCAGAAUCAAGAUGGCCCAGAAAUUAGCCAAAAGCAGGAAGAAGGCCCCAGAAGGUGAAUCUCAGCCCAUGACUGAGGUGGACCUCUUUAUCUCUACGCAGAGAAUAAAAGUGUUGAAUGCAGACACACAGGAAACUAUGAUGGAUCAUCCGCUGAGGACCAUUUCCUACAUUGCUGAUAUAGGGAAUAUCGUUGUGCUGAUGGCUCGGCGGCGAAUGCCUCGAUCUAAUUCCCAGGACAAUGUGGAGGCAUCUCACCCCUCUCAGGACGGAAAGAGGCAAUACAAAAUGAUUUGCCAUGUCUUCGAAUCUGAGGAUGCACAGCUGAUUGCACAGUCCAUAGGUCAAGCAUUUAGCGUGGCCUACCAGGAAUUCCUGAGGGCAAAUGGAAUAAAUCCAGAAGACCUGAGCCAGAAGGAGUACAGCGACCUGCUCAACACCCAAGACAUGUACAAUGAUGACCUCAUUCACUUUUCCAAGUCUGAAAACUGCAAAGACGUUUACAUUGAAAAGCAAAAGGGAGAAAUUCUCGGUGUCGUGAUUGUGGAAUCUGGCUGGGGAUCCAUCUUGCCCACAGUUAUUAUAGCCAACAUGAUGCAUGGAGGACCAGCAGAGAAGUCGGGAAAGCUGAACAUAGGGGAUCAGAUCAUGUCAAUUAAUGGUACCAGCUUGGUCGGCUUACCACUCUCAACAUGCCAGAGUAUUAUAAAGGGUUUGAAAAACCAGGCCCGGAUUAAACUGAAUAUAGUGAGAUGUCCUCCAGUAACCACUGUCUUGAUCAGAAGACCUGACCUCCGAUAUCAGCUGGGUUUCAGUGUACAGAAUGGGAUCAUCUGUAGCCUUAUGAGAGGAGGUAUAGCAGAGCGAGGAGGAGUACGAGUGGGCCAUCGGAUCAUUGAAAUCAACGGACAGAGCGUUGUAGCAACACCCCAUGAAAAGAUUGUUCACAUUCUCUCAAAUGCUGUUGGUGAGAUUCAUAUGAAGACCAUGCCAGCAGCCAUGUACAGAUUGUUGACUGCACAGGAGCAGCCAGUUUACAUCUAA